AUGCGGAAGAUUAAUAUAGCUCGUGUCCAGGAGACUAAAUGGGUAGGAACCAACACUAAGGAUGUAGACGGGUUUAAGUUGUGGUUCUCAGGAAAAUCGAGGAGUAGAAAUGGCGUAGGCAUUUUAGUAGACAAGGUGAUGACCAUUAAGCUAGUUUUGGGAGGGAUAACUCUUAACGUAAUUAGUGCCUAUGCGCUGCAGGUGCGUUUGGAUGAGGAGGGCAAGAGGCGUUUUUGGGAGGACUUGGACGAGGUUGUAAGAGGUAUCUCGCAGACCGAGAAACUCUUUAUUGGAGGAGAUUUUAAAGUCACAUAG